AUGGCUGGUGCGCUGGCGAGAAUAAUCCAUGGGUCCAAAAAUCAGUUAGGAUUUGUCGGACCCCUAGUUACUGUCAAUAAUGGUUCUGUACGGUUCCAACAAACUAAGACUAGCUUUGGGCCACUGGCUGAUAGCGAUAGGAUCUUCACCAAUUUGUAUGGAAGACACGAUUGGCGAUUGAGAGGAGCUUUGCAGCGGGGCGACUGGUAUAAGACCAAGGAUAUUAUAUUGAAAGGAACAGACUGGAUUGUCAAUGAGCUCAAGACAUCUGGUUUGCGAGGUCGUGGUGGUGCAGGUUUUCCCACUGGAAUGAAAUGGUCAUUCAUGAACAAGCCCUCAGAUGGCAGGCCAAAAUACCUGGUUGUUAAUGCCGAUGAAGGUGAACCGGGUACUUGUAAGGAUCGUGAGAUCAUGAGACACGAUCCACACAAGCUUGUUGAAGGUUGCUUGAUAGCUGGUGCAGCUAUGGGCGCCCAGGCAGCUUAUAUUUACAUAAGAGGCGAGUUCUAUAAUGAAGCUAGCAACUUGCAAGUGGCUAUUGCUGAGGCAUAUCAAGCUGGUUUAAUUGGCAAGAAUGCGUGUGGCUCAGGAUAUAAUUUCGAUGUUUUUGUCCACCGUGGGGCCGGAGCUUACAUUUGUGGGGAGGAAACAGCCCUUAUAGAGUCUAUUGAGGGCAAGCAAGGCAAGCCACGCUUGAAGCCACCCUUCCCGGCUGAUGUCGGCCUCUUUGGAUGUCCCACUACGGUCAACAAUGUCGAGACCAUUGCUGUUUCGCCGACAAUCUGUCGUCGCGGCGGAUCAUGGUUCGCUUCAUUCGGUCGACCUCGUAACAGCGGGACCAAGUUGUUUAAUAUUUCCGGUCACGUGAAUACGCCUUGUACAGUGGAGGAGGAAAUGAGCAUCCCUCUCAAAGAACUCAUCGAGAGACACGCGGGCGGCGUCUGCGGAGGAUGGGAUAACUUACUGGCUAUCAUACCGGGAGGAUCAUCUACACCACUCAUACCCAAAGAUGUAUGCGAAACAGCCAUAAUGGACUUUGAUGGGUUGGUUGCUGUGCAAACUUCCUUGGGAACUGCCGCCAUUAUAGUCAUGGACAAAUCAACUGACAUAGUUAAAGCUAUCGCUAGACUCAUUAUGUUCUACAAACAUGAAUCAUGCGGGCAGUGCACACCCUGUAGAGAAGGUGUCUCUUGGAUGAACAAGAUUAUAUACAGAUUUGUUGAAGGCAACGCGUCGCCGAAGGAAAUCGACAUGCUAUGGGAAAUAUCUAAACAAAUUGAGGGACAUACUAUCUGCGCCCUGGGUGACGGCGCCGCGUGGCCGGUUCAAGGCCUCAUACGUCACUUCCGGCCGGAACUCGAGCGACGUAUGGCGGCGUAUGCUGCGGCUCACGGACCUAGUCUAGCUGAGAGAUUAUAUUAA